GUUUCUGAAGCCGAAUAAACGCUGAAAACAACAACAACAGCGGACACACACAGACAUGUGGCGCAUCCAGAGCUUAGUCAGCAGAGUGUGGAGCCGCUCUGCUCCGCUGCGUCUCUCUCCAGCUCAUCAUGUGGAGGACGAGCUGCUGAACUCUUCAGUGCUGAGCGGCGGACGACACACUUCUGACAGCAGCAGCUCUCAUGCAGGUGAAGAUGAGCAGAAGAAAAGACGCACAUCUCAGUUCUGCUCUGCUGGUGUGCCGAGAUACAGCGCUCUGGAUGCAGUGGGCUGGGGUGCCGCCGCGGUGCUCUUCAUGCAGCUCUGCCGCAGGGUUCACACUCGUCUGUCAUCUCCUGCGGAUCACAGCUCUGCGUCGACACACACCGGAGACCGCGCUCUCCUGAAGAAGUGCUCAUACACACUCCUGAUCGACAUCUUGUCGAGGCAGAGUGUUGUGCCGGUGAAGUGUCUGCGAGCGGAUCUGCAGACUCCAGAUCAGAGCGACAGCAGCAGCAGCAGCCUCAGUGAUGAACGUCUUANAGAAGACAAGGAGAGAUCAGACCUGCAGACUGAACACACUGAUCAUCACCAGCAGGAGGAGCCAGAGAGCAGCGCACACUACUGUGGUGCUCUUCAUUACUACAAGCUCGCUGCAGCCGCUGGCCACCGUCAGGCGCAGUACCGCUGUGCUAAACUCCUCCUGAACAGCAGAGGGCAGCAGAGGUCAGAGACGGACACUGAGGCUGCACUGAAGCUGCUCUACGCGGCUGCAGACGCCGGGCUCACUGAGGCUCAGGUGUUUCUGGCGGUUCUGCUGUCUCAGCGUGUGGACUGUGAUGAGCAGGAGUGUGUGCAUUAUUUCCGGCUGGCGGCUGACAGAGGGGACGCUGAUGCUCUGCUGUGUUUGGCUCAGUGUUAUGAGUCUGGUUUCGGUGUAUCUCCUUCUGUCCAAACGGCGGUCAGACUCUACCAGCAGGCAGCAGAUGCUGGAAAUCAGCGGGCCAGAGAGAAACACAACACAGACGUGCUGCGCUCAAUUCGCUCCGCCCCUUGCUUCUCUGUGAUUGGUCAGCUGAAUCUGAACUCCGUUUUCCCACUGGAGAGCCGAGCUGAGAAUCCCCGCCCACAGUCACAGCCGCUUCCUCAUUCGUGGAGCACAGGAAGUCUGAGUCUGCAUCCACCAGUCACACUUCAGAUGCUCAACACUGACAGCGGACGCAUGGUUUGGACACUCGGGGUGCGGUGAUGCACAACCACAGAUUCAUCUCUCAAUAUCUACUUACAUAAUUAAAAUGUGAUAUUUUAUUAAAAAAAAGAAACAUACGCACAAAUAAAUAACUAUAACUGAGUCACCUGACAGAUGAAUGUUCAGGGCCAAUCAGAGAAGAGCGUGAGGGAUAGGAGCUCAGUGAUUGGCUGAUCAUUACGUCAUCGUUUUUGCGUUGGAUGUGAAGCUAUUUUUUAUUUCAGCCAGUGUUUUUUGGAAGUGGGAAUAACAUUAUAAGUGUUGGGUUUUGUAUUUAAGUGUGUUUGGUGACAGAAAGAAUACAGUGAGAUUGAGAAUGAGUGUUUGUCAUUGAGUGUAGAGGAAGUCAUGUGCUACAUUAAGAGUAUCUAUAUAUUUUUCUGAGGGUCAGGUUGUGUUAUUCUUUAUGUUUUGGGAUUUGUUUGUAAAUGUUUAAUCUUUGUUUGCAUGUUCAGAAGCUCACAUGUUUAUUUACAUUCAGAUUUGUUGUUAAAACUGUUUAAGCACUUGAUAAUUAAAUAUGCAUGUGCCAAAGCA